AUGAUCUUCCGGUGGUGUUGUGGUGAUCAGCAAGAAGAGUUAGUAGAAAGGAGCGGAGGCGGUGAUAUUGUGGUAUCCAACGUUGGAGACGUAGGUGGGUUGGUUUGGCAUCAAAAUUCGACUACUUGGAUGAAGGGUGUGAGUAUAGAGUUAGUAUGGUAUCUGAUGUUGGAGAUGUGGCGUGGGGAACGAUGGUUCAGGGAGGGCGACGAUGGAUUUCGCAUUUCUGUCGCCAACCACCUAUGCGCUCAAUUUCCGCCACCAAUAAACUGUGCUCUAUUAUUGUUUGAAAUAUCGGUAUUUCCUCUGUUCGCCGCCGUUGGCGUCGCCGUCGGUAUGUGCGGCCUGCAAUUGUUUCGGAACAUCAGCGGCAAUCCUGAAGUCAGAUUGACGAAGGAAAAAAGAGCUGCUGGAGUGCUGGAUAACUUUGAUGAAGGCAAAAAGUACGCAGAGCAUUCACUCAGAAAAUUUGUUCGUAAAAGGAAUCCGGAGAUCAUGCCAAAGAUCAAUUCCUUCUUUGCAGACCCUAAAUAAAUAAAUAAACUUGCGGUUUAUGGUGUCAAACAGGGUUAGUUGGUUUAUGAUUUGCCAUUUUACCUUCGAAACACUGAAAACUAGAAGCAUUGUGUUUUUAUAAUUAGUUUUCCUGUAGUUAGCGAUUAUUUUUUUCUUGUUUCAGUUUUUGCUCCAAAUCAGUGAAAAACAAUCAUAAUCAAAGGGUAUAAAUUAUACUCCGUA